AUGUUAUCACCAUUGUCAUCAAAUAAUGACGACAAUGAUCAAAAUAUCAUUGAUAAAUUGUAUCAUUUAUGUAAAGAAAAUGAAAUAGAAAAAGUUCGAAGUAUUUUACCAUUUCUUGGCAAUAUAAAUAUUAUAAAUAAAAUUCAGAUUUCAACUGGUUCAACAUGUUUGCAUGUAGCAUGCUAUUAUGGACAUCGAGAUAUGGUACAAAUUUUAUUAGAAUAUGGGGCUCUUCAUUCCACAAAAAAUUUACGACACAAUUUAACACCUUAUGAAGAAGCUUGCACAGAUGAUAUAAAACAAUUGUUUGUAGAACAACGAACAUUAUUUUCAAAUAAUGAUUAUGAUAAUAUUGAAUGGUCAAUGGUAGGCGAUGAUCUCCUUGAAAAACGACGCGAAUUUCGUCAAGCUAUUGAUGUAUACAAAACGUAUGAUAAUCAUCAUUUAGUAUCGAAAUUAUUAGCUGAAGUUAUUCAUUAUUAUUUAAAUGAUUAUCUGAUAAAUCAGAGUAAUGAUACUGGCAAUUCGGAACAUCAAAUCACUCGUGAACAAAUUGAAACCAUUGAAGCAUAUUUUAAAGAAGCCAUAGAAAAACAAGAUUAUUUAACGUAUUUUAUAAAAGCUUAUACAUUAACAAAUUUUUUUUAUAAAGUGUUGAAUAAACAUUUGGCUUUGUAUAUUUUAGAAUAUUUCGAUAAAACAAAAACAUUUUCAUCUAAUUAUCGUCUUGUAAAUUGUCUGAUUCACCUUAUUACACUCUUAAUUUACCAUCCAAAUUUACCUCAGCAUCGAUAUCAAGGUUUAUGUUAUCGUGGUAUGAGAAUAACACAAAAUGACUUAGAUCAGUAUCAAUUAAAUCAACAUAUAUUAAAUCGUUCAUUUUUAUCAACAUCUAUUGAUCGUCAAGUAGCUGAAAUGUUUGCUGGUGAAGGUGAACAAUCACAAAUGAGACAUACUCUUGGAGAUCAUUGUGCAUUACAAUAUUCAUGUUUAUGUCAAUAUUUAAUAAAACAAAAUUCAACAGCUAUCAAUAUACAAAAUUUAUCAACGAGAUCGGAUGAAAAAGAAAUCUUAAUUAUUCCAUUUUCUGUUUUUAAAGUAAUGACAAUUAAACGAAAUUAUCUUGAUGAUCCAACAGCAUCAAUUUCAAUUGAAAUUGAAUUAGAAGAAUGUGAAGAUCCAAAUGAUAAUAAAAAGGAGUCAGAAAGUAGUGAAAUAUCGAGAUCAACAUUUUCGUCAUCUAGUGAUGUUAUAAAAGAUGUCGAAGAAUAUGUAAACUUUAAACAACGAAAACGUCUUUAUUGCGUCAUUGGAGUUUUGCUAUCAGCUAUUAUUUUGGCUUUAAGUUUUAUAUUCAUUUAUAUUUUUAUUAUUAAAAAAAAGACUACAAACAUGGCAACGCCUACACCAGAAAAAGAUAAUGAUGGCGAGUAUCAAUUAACACUAGGUUGUCCCAAAAUAUUAAAUCGAUCUAGCUGGGAUGCACGUCCGUAUAUAAGUCGUGAGAAUUUAACAACAUUACCGGUUACACAUAUUGUUAUCAGACAAUUACCAGUUUUGAAUUCAACUAUGAAUCAACAAGAUUGUAUUAAAACAAUGAAAGAUCUUCAAGAUUCUCAAAUGGAUAAACGCGGUUGGACUGAUAUUGGUUAUAAUUUUUUAAUAUGUAAUGAUAAUAAUGACCAACAAAAAAUUUAUAGAGGUAGAGGAUGGACAUAUGUCGGCGCACAUUGUGUUGGUUAUAAUUUUAAAUCAUUGGGUAAAAAUCAAUUCCUCUUUUAA